AUUUGACUACUUUCAUUUUUAAACUAAAUUUAAACCGUGAUUAUGAUCGAGCCAUUGAUAGCUUUCGAAAAUGAGGGUAUUACAAAAAUUAUUUGGACAGAUCGUUAAUAAUGUUACCUUCAAAAUGCUUCUUUCCACAUUUUUUCCUUCAAGACUCCGACGGUACACGUGGCUAAAAAAUGGACCAGGGGAAAAUCCUCAUGGAAUCUGAUGCGGUUUAUCCAGUACUCCUCAUCCCCAAACAGUGCACUACCCUGGAAACUAACUGUGAUGCAACUGAUAAUGUUUUCAUUGAAGUGAACAUCACAUCUCCAGACACCGAAGGGAAUGAGAUGUGUAUUUACUCAGGAUUCUGCAAUGUCAAACUUAUAGAUAGCUAUGAUGUCCAUCAGUUAGAUGCUACUACUGAUAGUGAGGUGAGCUAUGUUGAUAAUAUAGAACAAAUUCCUCUUAUUUCAAAUGAUCCCAGUACCCAAGUGGCUCUUCCACCAUACAACCAAUCUCAAGUUUGGAUAGAUCCUGCUAGAAGUCCAUAUGUGUACAAUCAGUUUGAUGCCAUAGAAACACAAGAAUAUUCAGUUCAAUGCCAUCAAACUCAUACCAACCACAUUACGGUUGAGCAACAUAAUACUUACAUCACUCAAAAUGUUUACAACUAUAAGGAGUCUAUCAAUUAUGCUUCUGUUGAAGAUUUCGAGCACAAAAAGUUUAGAAAAAUACAUAUGAAUGAGACAUCAACACAACAUAAUGCAGAAUCAAAUAACUUAAAUCUAUAUGAAGAAGAUGAAUUUGAAUGUGGAGUAUUCCUGUCUCAGUUGCCUGAAGAGAUUAUGAAUGAGAAAGAAAAUCGUGAUAGGGAAGAACGUAAAUUCAUAGGUCUUCAAAGUGAGAAUGGAGCACUGAAGCAACUGAUGUCUACGGACAUCCAAUCUGCUUCAAAGCAACGUAAGACAAUACUGUUUCUUGGUCAUGACUCUCACUGUGGCCAAACCAUACAGAAAAUAGCUGUGAACGAUCCCACAUUAGAGUGCUCUAGUAUUAAUGAGAUUGAUCAUGAUGUUGAGAUUGAUGGUACCAGACCUUCAAAACCUCAUCAGAAAAAGUACCAAUGUGACAAAUGCAAGCAAAUAUUUGAUCAAAUAUCCACAUUCAAGUUACACAUGGUAGGUAACCAUAAACUGAAGUCACAUACUUUCUCAUAUGAAAUUGAGUCUGCUUUAUCAAAGGAAAUGAAAUUUAUGUGCACAGAAUGUGGCAAGAGCCUUAAAACCCAGGAGAAAUUUGAGAUCCACUGCAUGGGACACGGCGACCCCGAGUUGGAAUGUAAUAAGUGCCAUAAAGUGUUUGCUUCAAAAUUUACCUUACGGACACACCGCAAGAUUCAUACCAGGAAGUACCCAUGCAGUUAUUGUUCGAAGACAUUUUCUGAUGCAGACGAUUUGAGAUCUCACUGUGCAAAGAUCCACUUCAUGUUUAUGUGUGAUUCUUGUGAUUAUGUAUCAACAAAGUAUGUUGAUUUAUCCGUACAUCUAGAACUGCAUAAUAACACUCAAUCUCGAGUCAAAGAGAAUAAUAUUGAGCUCUCUGAAACAUUUAUGGAUGAUGUAUCUGAAACUGAUAUAAUUGUAAUGAAUCCGGAAGCCUCAUCUAUGAAAUGGGAGCCUUCUGAAUCGGAGUCAAUGUCCAAAUGGGGUCAGGGGGAGAACCAGGCCCCGAUGUCCAAGAGUGAGGAGAUAAGGAAGGCGGAUUCUGUGAUAGCAAAAGUAAUGUCCAAUAAAAUGUUCCUCUUACAUUCCAAAAAGGCUAGGAGACAUAAAAGAUAUAAUAAGACUUGCGACGUCUGCCUUAAAGUGUUCGACCGCAUCGGCGAUCUGAAACGUCAUCUCAUCGAGCACGUGAUCCGCUGCACGCUGGCCAAGACUCCAGUCAGCGUCAACGGAACCCUGAACAUCCUCUGCGAAGUCUGCCAAUCGGAAACCUUCACCAAAGUCGACAGGUACAAGGCUCAUCUACGCGAACACGCCAAACUGACACUAUACAAGUGCACAUUUUGCGACAAAUCAUUCAGCGAUUCCAGUAACUUUUCAAAACACAAAAAAAUACACGGCACCACAUACCUCCAGUGCGAUCUGUGCCAAAGGAAAUUCAACUCGAAAAAAAUGAUCCAACAACACAUGGAAUAUCACAAUAAGAAUACGCCGGUCAAAUGCAAGUACUGUCAUAAAGUAUUCCAUUUUGCUUCUAUGCUCAAUAAACAUAUAAAAUGCGCGCACACUAGAGAGGUUAACAACAGGUUUAAAUGUAGGUUUUGCAAUGAUUAUUUUAAGACUUUAAAAGAAAAGUGGGAUCAUGAAUGGAGUAUCCAUAAUGUGAGAAAGAUGAUUGUCGACUGCUUGAUUUGUGGUUCCAAGUUUAGAAAGUAUUCGGAGCUGAAAAGGCACUGUAUGGACUACCACGAGAUGGACAUACCACCCGCAAAGAAAUUACUGAAAAGGAAGAGGUUAUAAUUCUUAGGAAAAUUGGUGAAAACCACGUGGCCCUAGUACUAGACCUAUAAGUAGUUAUAUUUUUAAAGACUUUAUUUUGUUUUUAAACGGCAGGUCCAAGUAUUUGACUUGUAUUUUUCUCUUGUUAGAAAGUUAUAAUUUUUUUUAUUAUUUAUUUACAUCCUAGUUUAUUUAGAAGUCGUUUUGUUUUAUAUAUUUAGUAAAAAUCUGUGAGAAUUUAAUGUAAGUUAUAUACAAUAAUUGUAAGGCCCUCGCAACCGAAUAAGAAAACAAAUGUUCUCAAAGGUAUAAAAAACACAUGAGAUUAUGGACCAAAUAAUUAAGUAUUAAAAGCAAUGAGACUGACUUGAAACUUACUUAAAAUUUUGUUCUGCAAACUCGCACACUAGCGCCACCAUGGCAUUCACAGCUUUAUGAAUGUAAUGAUGUCGCCAGUGUGCUGGUUUACGCCCUUUUAAAUAUAUUUUAUUCCUUGUUUUUUUUGUUUACAGAGGUGGAAUAUGGUGGUGGUGUUAAUAAUAUUAAUUCGACGAACAUUUUUAUUUGUUCAUACAAAAAAGGUAAUCUUAUGAAGAUACAAAGGUACUUUAUUUUUAUUCCUUAUAUAUAUUUUUAUACCUUAAUAUAAUUAUCUAGUUGGGUAAUAAUAAUAUUUUCUUGGAAACUGAUUUCUAAGAUUUUAAAUUCGUGUACAGUCGAGAGCAUAUCAACCUACUCGAAUUCAUUGCAAAUUCGCACUUUACCUAUAUCACAAUAGCAUAAAAAUCAAUGAAGGCUAACUUGACAUCCAGUCGACUGUACAUUAAGUUUGAAAGUUUAUUCUUGUACAGUCUACAGCACAUCUACUUACAAUUUCGCCCUUAUAUCGCAGCAUAGACUUAACUUGACAUGCGGUUGACUGUACUAUCAGCUUGUUUAAUUUGUAUUCUGAAAAUGCGACGAAACUUCCCUUGACCUAUUAUCACGGUAAUAAGAAAAUAUCUAUCGUGACAGUCUUUACUUUUAGUGGAAUUUUCUUGCUUGUAAUUAUCUUUUACAAUGUUGUAAGCUGAUGUCCCAGUUUUUUGUAUUCUUACAAGGUUCUGCAGGAAUACUUCCAUACUAAUUUUAAUAAUACCUAAUGAGACGACAAAAUUCCGUCAAUUGGUCUCUGUGGCUCAGUGGUUAAGAGCAUUGUCCCGAUUCUUUAUUAAUCUCAUUAUUAGUUUCAAAAAAUCAAAACGAAUAUUGUAAACGUUAAAGUGUUUAUUUGUCCUACUUCCACGUCAAAACGAUGUAAUAAAUUAAAGUGAUUUUCUAAUAGGGAGGGUGUAGCACUCUACACUUGACAUAGGUAUGACACUUUUUACUUUUGGUAAACCGCGGGCAAUAGCUAGUGGCUUGUAAGUAAUAACAAUAGAUUGAUAAGCUCGUAGUAAGGUUCCGUUGAAAUUUUCUGCUAUUGAUUACAUUUGUAGUAAUAAGAAAAUUUAAUAUUUUCGACACAGGUCCUUUUUUAAUCAACAACAAAAAAAUUCCUAUAUAUUUUUAAUUUUCUGUAUUUAAUAUGUCCUAAGUAUAUUAAAUACAGAAAAUUAAAAAUAUAUAUGUUGAAAAUAAAUAUAACACAAAAUUUCGACCUUCCGUACAUUGUAAGUGUAAUUGGUCAACUUUUAUGCGAGAACAAAAAUUUGAGUUUUUUUUUAUAUUUGUUUUUAGCAAUUUUAGUAAUAAAAAAAUUGAUUAAAGUGCAGUUGGGGCAAAUGAAAUUAACCCACAAUCUCACUUACAGAGAUACAAGUGGAUCAGCUUCAUCUGCCGCUUGCUGUAGGCACACUAGACUGAUUAAAUUUUAUUGAUAUUUAAGUAUUACAAAAUGAGAACAGAGUAAUAUUAACAUCCUAGCUUUAAAAGAACGCAUUCAUAUACAAUAGUACAUUAUGAUACCAAUUUAUAUAUUGGGCGUUAAAUACCUGGCGGGAUAUUCGCGCAACGCGAAGUGAAGCGCAGUAAUAAGGCAGAGUAUAUAAUUAUCAAUGCACGGGUUUGUUCAUGCGAUGUUUUUCAACACAUAAAUGUGACGUAAACCGUUAAUCAAAACAGUUUGACGUAAAACGAUAAUUAAAACGCUAGUCCCAUAAUAUUUAGAGCAAAGAAAAUUCGAUGUUAGAAAAUAACUUUUCCACACACACAUGCUCGAAAUUUUACAGCACUGUUCGACGUUUUAUGUUAGGGUUACUUCAAGUAUGUAGAAAAAAAAUAUCACUUUACUUUAUUAUUGCUCCCCACUUCGCAUCGCGCCAAAAUUUCGCCUCUUAUGUAAUGUCAAAACUUUGCUCGCUUGCAUCAUAAUAUGCUAUUAUGUUAUUGCUUCAGAUAGGUACAUCAGCUUAAUGUAAAGUUGUCUGUUCUAAUUGAUACCAUAAAUGGUAGGUACAGGAUGUUAUAAUACACCAGUGUAGGUCUUCAUGCUUUUUGGUAUAAGACUAAAGGUGUCAUAGUUUAUGAUUAUAUAUUGAUCGUGAUUUAAAAGACUGAGGGCAAUGUUGCCCCAUGAUUAAACUUUACUAAAUCAUGUACUUUUGUUACAGAAGUUAAUACUUGUAUAAAUAUUAUUUAUUGUAAAACAUGAUAGGUAUAAGUAAAUCUCUUUUUUAUUUCUAAACUAUGUGUUAUUUGUUGAUGUUUUUGUUGUUCGUUUAGGCUCUAGUGAUAUCUCUUACUUAAUGUGAAAUUAUUGUUUUUUUUUCAUAUAUAUGUUUUACUAUUAAAUAAAUCAUGAAAUCGAA